AUGAUACCCUCACCCACUGCAACACACGUUCGAUCCGAAAUUGUCAUGGGUGGCAUUGACACACGGCUUCAACCACUCCGCCAUCACGUUUUUCAACUACCCACACCUACCGUGAUCCAUGAAAGCAAGCGACAAGAAACAGAGUUGCGUAAACGGAUACGAGACAUUUAUGACGAUCCAUCCCUUGAGAGCAAGGAAAAGGCGAGAAAAGUACAGCAACUCAUGUCAUCGUCACGAACAUCUACAAUUAAAUGUGCUGCUAAUACUACAACACCCAUGCUGCAAAACCUUGAGUUGGAUGGUGAACGAAUGCCGACGUAUCAUGAUCACAAGGAAAACAUUCUAGGAUGCACGCAUUAUCAACGUAAAGUGAAGCUUCAAGCCGAAUGCUGUGGACGACUAUUCACUUGUCGCUUUUGCCAUGAUGAAGCGAGUGAUCAUAUGAUUGAUCGCCACACGACGAAAAACAUGAUGUGCAUGUUAUGCAAGACCCUUCAACCUGCUGGCAAAGUAUGUCGUGCAUGUGGUGUUGAAGCUGCACGCUACUAUUGUGACAAGUGCAAGCUGUGGGAUGACCAACCUGAUGCUUCUGCAUACCACUGUGAUGAUUGUGGCAUUUGUCGCAAAGGCCAAGGCCUCGGCAAGGAUUUCUUCCACUGCAAAACAUGUAACGUAUGCAUGACCAUUAGCAUGCAAAACAACCACAAGUGUAUCGAACGCAGCCUCGAGAGCGAUUGUCCUAUUUGUGGUGAAUACAUGUUCACCAGUCGCACACCCGUGACCUUUUUGCCCUGUGGUCAUUGCAUUCACAAACCAUGCUACACUGCUUACAGUCAAACUGCCUAUCAAUGCCCUACCUGCCUCAAAAGUAUGACCGACAUGUCCGCCUAUUUUAAGCUCAUUGACGAAGAAAUGCGUCAACAACCUAUGCCUGAAGAGUACAAGUCCUAUGUUUCUACCAUCUUUUGCAACGACUGCCAAUCCCGUUCCACCAAUGUCCCUUUCCACUUUUUCUAUCACAAGUGCACCCAUUGUGCAAGCUAUAAUACCACAGUCCUUUCUACCCUUUCUCCCUCCUGCUGUCCACCAUCAUGA